UGAGGCAAGAAAAUCGCCUAAGCCCAAGAUCUGGAGGUUGCUGUAAGCUGUGACACCACGGCACUCUACCAAGGGUGACAAAGUGAGACUCUGUCUCAAAAAAAAGAAAGAAAGAAAGAAAAAAGGGAGCAGGUAGAAACAGGGUGUGACAUUUCUCCAUUUUCUCCAUAGUGGUAGCUGGCAUCCCUUGGUUCCCUUUUGGUGGAAGUGACUCCUCUUAUUUGGAGAGGCCACAAAGUAACCACAAAGUGGUUAAGAGCAUAGACUCAACCCAGGCUUCCUCAGUCCAUAUCCACAUCUCCCACAGAAUGGCUGUGUGACCUUGGGCAGGUUAUGUAUCUUCCCUAUAUCUCUGUCCUCCUGGGGUUGUGAUGCGGAGCAAAUGAGUUAACAUUUGUGAAGUGUUAACAGUGUUAACAAGAACAGUGUUUGGCACAAAGUAAGAGUUAAAUAAGUAUUUGAGGCUCAGUGCCAUAGCACAGUGGUUGUGGCACUGGUCACGUACACCAAGGCUGGUGGGUUCGAACCUGGCCUGGGCCAGCUAAACAACAAUGACAGCUGCAAUAAAAAAAUAGCUGGGUGUUGUGGCGGGUGCCUGUAGUCCCAGCUACUUGGGAAGCUGAGGCAAGAGAAUCACUUAAGCCCAAAAAGUUUGAGGUUGCUGUGAGCUGUGACGCUACAGCACUCCACUGAGGGCGACAUAGUGAGACUUUGUCUCAACAAUAAAUAAAUAAAUAUUUAAUAAAUGCAUUCUUUCUGUUGUUGUUUUGAACCCUCCAGCCCUGGUGUAUGGGGCCGGUGCCCUAACCACUGAGCUACGGGCACCAAGCCAAUAAAUGCAUUCUUUUACUGCUGCUUGUAUCAGUACAUUUUUGCCUAUCUCUCUGAAGUCAUUAGGGGAUAGGGUGAGGAUAUUAAUAAUUCUUUGUUACAGAUUGGAAGACUGAGGCACAGUCUACUAUGUAACUGAGGUUACAUAGUAACAGAGCUAGCCUCCGUCUUUACCUCACCUCAGACCGCAGUACCUUGCCAGGAUUCAGGAUUCUAAACCCUAAACUAAAUCUUUCUCAGUAAUUCCAUAGAAAAAGCUUGUUUUGAUGGGGGUGGUGGAGAGACAGAGUCUCACUCUGUCACCCUGGGUAGAGUGCCCUGGUGUCAUCAUAGCUCAUAGCAACCUCAAACUCUUGGACUCAAGUGAUUCUCUUGCCUCAGCCUCCAGAGUAGCUGGGCCUACAGGCACCCGCCACAACACCCAGCUAAUUUUUAGAGAUGGGGUCUCAUUCUUUCUCAGGAUUCCACCCACCUGAGUCUCCCAGAGUGCUAGGAUUACAGGCAGGAGCCACUGUGCCCUGCCCUGGCUAGUUUUUUCUCUUUUUAGCAGAGACAGUGUCUUACUCUUGCUGAGGCUGGUCUCGAACUCCUAAGCUCAAGCAGUCCACCCACUUCAGCCUCCCAGCGUGCUAGGAUUAUAGGCGUGAGCCACAGUGGCCAGAAAAAGCUUUUAAUUCAUGACUCCCUAACCCCCACCAUGCACACUCUCUUUAAUGAUAAAAUAACAACUUUAGGUUAGCUAGAAAUAAAAUCCUCCAUCAUUCAUAUACACACUUAUAGCUAAAGGCUAAUAUCAGACUAGAAAAAUUCCAGGAUACAGCUGACCCAGGCACCUUGUGAAGAGGAAGAAUUACCCUCUGUCACUUUAUCUCCCCCAAAUAUUCUUUUUUUUUUUUUUUUUUUGAGACAGUUUCACUUUGUCAUCCUUGGUAGAGUGCUAUGGCGUCAAAGCUCACAGCAACUUCAAACUCUUGGGCUCAAGUGAUUCUCUUGCCUCAGCCUUUCAAGUAGCUAGAAUUACAGGCACCCAGCAUACCUGGCUAUUUUUAGAGACGGGGCGCAUGAGCUCAGGCAGUCCUCCCUCUUCAGCCUCCUAGGGUGCUAGGAUUACAGGCAUGAGCUACCGCACCCGGCCCAUCCCCCAAAUAUUCUUAGUCUCUCCUCCUCUUAGCUAAGUGGUUCUCAACCUUCCUAAUGCUGCGUCCCUUUAAUACAGUUCUUGUGGAUGGCGGCCCACAGGUUGAGAACCCCUGUCUUAGCUGCUCAUCCCAAUGUUGGCUUUGAGAGCAGCUGCCCUUGAUGAAACUCAGCCCAAGAACCCCACCUCCACAAUUUAGAGCUUGGAGUAACUCUUUUGACUGGCAGAGCCACCAGCCCUGCCUCCACCCCUUCCCUGUCCUGGCAGCUUAUACAAGUUGCUUCCCCUCCCUGGGUCCCUGCUUCCUCCCCUGUAAAAUGGGGAUCAGAUUAUGAUCUGAGUGUGCCCUGCCUUCCUUUAGUGCAGGUGAGAGGAUCAAUGCAAUUGUGAAAGGGACAAUGCUUUGUGACCCUAAAGAGGGAGGCAGCAGAAGAGCAUAAUGACUUCAGUUACUAAGCAUCUAGCUGGACCUUCACCCACCCUGCUAGGGCCCCUUCAGCUAGAAGCUCCGAGAAUUUUCCACCCUCUUGUGAUGUGGAGAAGACAAGAGGUGGGAGGAAUGGCACUUUUGGGCUUGAACUUACUCCACUGUGGCCUGAUAAAGCCUUGGAGUUCAGGGAGAGAAACAGGCAAGGGGUGGGAAUGGGCUAUUGAGAUUUCUGGAGUGCAUUGGAGUUAGCAUUUGAAAAGGGGGUGCUAAUUAGAGCCCCCAAGAUACCUACAUCUAUCUUUAAUCUCCUCUGGUGCUCCAGGGUUCUAUGCACGUCAUGUUUACAUACCCAGGCUCCCAGACACACCCAUGUACACACCCCCACUUAGAAGCCAACAAUUCCUUUCAUUUCUGUGGACUGCCAUGCAGUCACUAGCUCUUUCUCCACACAGAUUUAUGCAUCAAUACAUGUUUACACACCCAAGAACAUACAUUUCCACAGUGACCUCAAGUUCCCUGCCUGAGAACAUCUAGUAAGCAUUUAUGAAGCUUCCAUGGUUUGCAGAGUCCUCUUCCAGGCACAUCAGAAAAGCGUCGGGAUUUCCUGAAAAGUGUUCUGGCUUUAGAAAGAAGUUGAGCUAGGUUUGAAUCCUGGGUCCAUUGUUUUAUAAGUAGUAUGAUCUUGGGAAAGUUAACCAUUCAAAGCCCCUGUGCCCUCACCUUCAAAUGGCAGUAACACUUAUAGCAUUGUCCGGGAUUAAAUGAAAUGUAUAUGUUAUUCUUGAAGCAGAAGACACUCAACAAAUGGUACCUGCUACAAUUACUAAAUUAGUGUGUUUUCAAAGGCAGCUAGGGCUGAAAAAGAUCACACAGGGCAAGCCUUCCUAAUCCAGGCUUUGCAGAGACUCCCUGGGACCAAGAGAAACAAACAAUUCCAGCUUCCCGCACAUCUGAGAGCUUGUGCCUCUUGCCAUGCUGUUGGAGUGUUAGAAACAGGCAGGGAAAAAUCUCGGACUAGUGGGCAGGAGAAAACCUCUAAGUCACCCCGGGGGCUAAGGGACACUUGCUCCCCAAGUUGUAGUCAUUGAUGCUAGGUUUGUUGUUCUCUCUUUUCUCUGGUUUUCUUUCUUCCCUGCGGACCUCCCACCUCAAGGCAGAACUUCACUGUUGUCAGCAGAAGGGUCCCCCAGGGGGCCCGCAGUAAAACAGGGUGGGGCAGUGCUUCUGUUGCUGUUGCUGCUGCCACCACACUUCUCCGCCCUGGGAGAUUCCCCAGGGCCUGGCUCAGCUCUGUCCUCAAGCUCUUCCUGAACCCCUGUAUUUGGGCUGGCUGCCCUUUCCCCUCUUGCCAAGCCCAUCCACAGUGAGCAUCAAGGGCAGUCCUGCAGUGGUUUAGCAGUGGCAGGAGACAGGGCAGAAGGGCAAUAUCCUGGCUGCAGGGGGCCUGAGCUGUCUAAGAGGCCCCACCAUUUCCCCAUCCUUUGCCAAUAGGAAAGCUCCCCGGAGGGUACUGUAUGGCAUUCCCAGCCUGCCCUGCUCCAGAGUUAGAAGCAUGGCACCCUGGGAGUUGUAGUCUUCACACCACUCAGGUGACCCCCUGUGCAGAUAGUUGGGGGAGAACUGAGAAAGCUGGAGGAGAGAACUAUAUAGGGAAAAGGAAUGAGGAUGAGCAGGAGGGGCUGGGGCCAGGCAGGUUAUUCAAACCCAAAAGCCCUGCUUUUUACCUGUCUUCCCACUCUGACCCCAUCCUUGGACCCGUUCUCUGAGGACAGAGGGCAACUCCAAAGCUAAACAUCUUGUUUUGAAGCCAGUUAUGUUGAGGUGAUUAACAGAGUUGAAAACUCCGAGCAAAUGAAAUCAGCUGCUUUUUCUAAUAGGUGUAGAAAGAGGAGAUUCUGAUGAGGUAGCUGGCAUCUGACCCAUCCUCCCCUGGCCUGGAGACCCCUCCUCUUAGUUUUGAGUCCUUAUGCCUAAGACCCCUUCCUAUCUUCCUUCAGGCUCAGCUCCACUACCUACCUAAGAGAAUGAGAGCGAGAGGGAGAGAAAGUGUCUGUGUGUUAUGUAUGAGGGUGGAGUUAGAGACUCACAGACACCUUCCAGGUUAGUGAAACCAGUCUCCCCAGUCCAGGUCUGACCUCUGGGCUGAGUUCCCCAGGCCAGGGUAGGAUCACACUCAGAAGACCAGUGAAGGAGGACCAUGCGGCAAUAGUAGCCAUGCUGCCCUUCCUGCUGGCCACACUGGGCACCACGGCCCUCAACAACAGCAACCCCAAGGACUACUGCUACAGCGCCCGCAUCCGCAGCACUGUCCUGCAGGGCCUGCCUUUUGGGGGCGUCCCCACCGUACUGGCUCUUGACUUCAUGUGCUUCCUCGCAUUGCUGUUCUUAUUCUCUAUCCUCCGGAAGGUGGCCUGGGACUAUGGGCGGCUAGCCUUGGUGACAGAUGCAGACAGGCUUCGGCGGCAGGAGAGGGACCGAGUGGAACAGGAAUAUGUGGCCUCAGCUAUGCACGGGGACAGUCAUGACCGGUAUGAGCGUCUCACCUCUGUCUCCAGCUCCGUUGACUUUGACCAAAGGGACAAUGGUUUCUGUUCCUGGCUGACAGCCAUCUUCAGGAUAAAGGAUGAUGAGAUCCGGGACAAAUGUGGGGGCGAUGCCGUGCACUACCUGUCCUUCCAGCGGCACAUCAUCGGGCUGCUGGUUGUCGUGGGCGUCCUCUCCGUAGGCAUCGUGCUGCCUGUCAACUUCUCAGGGGACCUGCUGGAGAACAAUGCCUACAGCUUUGGGAGAACCACCAUUGCCAACUUGAAAUCAGGGAACAACCUGCUAUGGCUGCACACCUCCUUCGCCUUCCUAUAUCUGCUGCUUACUGUCUAUAGUAUGCGUAGACACACCUCCAAGAUGCGCUACAAGGAGGACGAUCUGGUGAAGCGGACCCUCUUCAUCAAUGGAAUCUCUAAAUAUGCAGAGUCAGAAAAGAUCAAGAAGCAUUUUGAGGAAGCCUACCCCAAUUGCACGGUUCUCGAAGCCCGCCCAUGUUACAACGUGGCUCGCCUUAUGUUCCUCGAUGCAGAGAGGAAGAAGGCCGAACGAGGAAAGCUCUACUUCACAAACCUUCAGACCAAGGAGAACGUGCCCACCAUGAUCAACCCCAAGCCCUGUGGCCACCUCUGCUGCUGCGUCGUGCGAGGCUGUGAGCAGGUGGAGGCCAUUGAGUACUACACAAAGCUGGAGCAGAAGCUGAAGGAAGACUACAAGCGGGAGAAGGAGAAGGUGAACGAGAAGCCUCUUGGCAUGGCCUUUGUCACCUUCCACAAUGAGACCAUCACUGCCAUCAUCCUGAAGGACUUCAAUGUGUGUAAGUGCCAGGGCUGCGCCUGCCGUGGGGAGCCACGCUCCUCCUCCUGCAGUGAGUCCCUGCAUAUCUCCAACUGGACUGUGUCCUACGCCCCUGACCCUCAGAACAUCUACUGGGAGCAUCUUUCCAUCCGAGGCUUUAUCUGGUGGCUGCGCUGCCUGGUCAUCAACGUCGUCCUCUUCAUCCUGCUCUUCUUCCUCACCACCCCAGCCAUCAUCAUUACCACCAUGGACAAGUUCAAUGUCACCAAGCCCGUGGAGUACCUCAACAACCCCAUCAUCACCCAGUUCUUCCCCACCCUGCUGCUGUGGUGCUUCUCAGCCCUGCUCCCCACCAUCGUCUACUACUCAGCCUUCUUUGAAGCCCACUGGACACGCUCUGGGGAGAACAGGACCACCAUGCAUAAGUGCUACACCUUCCUCAUCUUUAUGGUGCUGCUCCUGCCCUCGCUGGGACUGAGCAGCCUGGACCUCUUCUUCCGCUGGCUCUUUGAUAAGAAAUUCUUGGCUGAGGCAGCUAUUCGAUUUGAGUGUGUGUUCCUGCCCGACAACGGCGCCUUCUUCGUGAACUACGUCAUUGCUUCAGCCUUUAUCGGCAAUGCCAUGGAUCUGCUGCGCAUCCCGGGCCUGCUCAUGUACAUGAUCCGGCUCUGCCUGGCACGCUCCGCCGCUGAGAGGCGCAACGUGAAGCGGCAUCAGGCCUACGAGUUCCAGUUUGGCGCAGCCUACGCCUGGAUGAUGUGCGUCUUCACGGUGGUCAUGACCUACAGUAUCACCUGCCCCAUCAUCGUGCCCUUCGGGCUCAUGUACAUGCUGCUGAAGCACCUGGUAGACAGGUAUAAUCUCUACUACGCCUACCUGCCGGCCAAGCUGGACAAAAAGAUCCACUCGGGGGCUGUGAACCAGGUGGUGGCUGCGCCCAUCCUCUGCCUCUUCUGGCUGCUCUUCUUCUCCACCAUGCGUACAGGGUUCCUAGCCCCCACAUCCAUGUUCACAUUCGUGGUCCUUGUCAUCACCAUCGUCAUCUGCCUCUGCCACGUCUGCUUCGGACACUUCAAAUACCUCAGUGCCCACAACUACAAGAUUGAGCACACAGAGACAGAUACCGUGGACCCCAGAAGCAAUGGACGACCCCCGACUGCUACUACUGUUCCCAAAUCUGCGAAAUACAUUGCUCAGGUGCUGCAGGAUUCAGAGGUGGACGGGGAUGGGGAUGGAGCUCCAGGGAGCUCUGGGGAUGAGCCCCCAUCGUCCUCAUCCCAAGAUGAGGAGCUGUUGAUGCCACCCGAUGGCCUCACGGACACAGAUUUCCAGUCUUGCGAGGACAGCCUCAUAGAGAAUGAGAUUCACCAGUAAGGGGAGGGAGGGGCCCUGGAGGCCACGCCCUGCCCUGCCCCCUCACCUCCACGGACACUAAAACGCUAAUUUAUUAGAUCUAAAGCCCCUUCCUCCCCCAUCCCCUGCUUUCAUUAAGGUAUUUAAACUUGGGGGUUUUGCCGCUCUCCCCUAUGAUGGAGGGAGGGAGGGAGGGAGCCCCCCAACCUCAGUGAGGAGAGCCCCGAGCCGGCCCCGGGGCAAAGAGGAGUAUGGAGGGAAUUCCCCCAGAUCCGUGUUCCCCCCAGCUAAUAGUGUGGCCAGGAAAGGGUUAAUGAGAGCCAAAAGGGGUACCUGGUGCCAUGGCUGGAAACCUGGGGGACAGGCGAUCAGGGGAUGCCCCCUCAGUUCUUUCCUCCCCCAUCCAGUUUCUCCUGGGAUCUGGUCUUCCAGGGAAGUGGAGCCUCCAGCCCCUAAGGAUGCAUGAGAGGGGAGGGGGUGCUGAGUGGGAGGAAGAGUCAGGCCCCGCUGGGGGGUGACCCUGGGGGUGGGGUGGGCAAGGCUGACACUGGAAAAUGGGGUUUUGCACUGUUUUUUUUUUUUUUUUCCUUUAAAAUAAAAAUGAAAAGCUCU